AUGCCUGCGCCCAGGCAAAUUCCAUGGGUGCGGUGCGGUGCGGGCAUUGGGAUUUGGGAAACAGUGCCGACUCUACAGUGCACAGUUUCGCUCAAGGCGCUGACGGGCGGCAAGGGCGAGCGCAGUGACAGGCGCCGCGAGAGGGCGGGCGCGCGAGGGCGCGAGGAGCGGGUGGGCGCGGCGGUGGGAGCGCAGGGGGGCGCGGGUGGCGGGGAAGGGAUUCAGGGAGGCGAGGGGGGCGGGGUGGGGGGAGGGGUGGGGGGAGGGGAGGGUUUGGGUGCUAAGGGAGAUGGGUUGGGGGCUAAGGCAGGGGAUGGGCUGGGCGGUAAGGGAGGGGAGGAGGCUGCUGGCGAGGCUCAGGAGGCUGGGCUGCACAAACUGCGGUUGAAGCUGUCAGGUGCUUCUUCAGGUGGGUGUCAGGUGCUUCUUCAGGUGGGUGUCAGGUGCUUCUUCAGGUGCUUCUUCAGGUGGGUGUCAGGUGCUUCUUCAGGUGGGUGGGCAGGAAAGCUGUGGACAGAGAAGUUUAGUUUGGAACAACCUCAAACAGAGGAGAGAGAGAGGCGCGCAAGUGCUCAAGGCAGGAUGUGGGGUCUGGCGCAUGGUGCUUAUGCUGCUCGUGCUGCGUGGGGGCAUGGGGUGUUGGGGUGCGUGCUUGCGCUGCAGCCGUUAUUGCCUGUGAUUUCUGAGAAUUCUCAAAAUUCCCGUACACUGCACUGGUUGCUUGCUCUCAUCUCCCGCUUCUCUCCUCCUCUCUCUCCUUCUAGUCCCAGCUUCUCUCCUCCUCUCUCUCCUUCUCGCCCCCGCUUCUCUCCUCCUCUCUCUCCUUCUCGCCCCUGCUUCUCUCCUCCUCUCUCUCCUUCUCGCCCCCGCUUCUCUCCUCCUCUCUCUCCUUCUCGCCCCCGCUUCUCUCCUCCUCUCUCUCCUUCUCGCCCCCGCUUCUCUCCUCCUCUCUCUCCUUCUCGCCCCCGCUUCUCUCCUCCUCUCUCUCCUUCUCGCCCCCGCUUCUCUCCUCCUCUCUCUCCUUCUCGCCCCCGCUUCUCUCCUCCUCUCUCUCCUUCUCGCCCCUGCUUCUCUCCUCCUCUCUCUCCUUCUCGCCCCCGCUUCUCUCCUCCUCUCUCUCCUUCUCGCCCCCGCUUCUCUCCUCCUCUCUCUCCUUCUCGCCCCCGCUUCUCUCCUCCUCUCUCUCCUUCUCGCCCCCGCUUCUCUCCUCUCUCUCCUUCUCGCCCCCGCUUCUCUCCUCCUCUCUCUCCUUCUCGCCCCCGCUUCUCUCCUCCUCCCUCUCCUUCUCGCCCCCGCUUCUUCCCUCCGUUUUGCUGCCCCGCGUCGCAGCCGGCGCAGCAUGAAGCUCCCAGCGCCCUCCUCACCCUCCCGCACUCCCUUCUCCCCCUCCUCUUCCCUUCCUCCUCCGCCUCUCUCCGCCCACUCCCUCCCCCACAUCCAACCCCCCCAGCCCCGCGUCGCAGCCGGCGCAGCAUGAAGCUCCCAGCACCCUCCUCGCCGUCCUCUGCCGCCCACGCCGCCCGGGCGGCAGCGGAGGUGGAGGCGGCGCGGCAGCUGAAGCGCGAGGAGGCUGCCCGGCGCCGCAAGCAGCAGUCGGAGCGGGCAGCGCGCGCCGUCCAGGAGAACGCAAUCCAGAAGAUUCUCGGGCAGGACGGGUCGAGGAAGCGGAGGGAGCAGAAGAUUCAGAAGAAGCGGCAGGAGGAGGCUGAGGUGGGUGGAGGGGAUGGUUGGAGGGGGGAGCGCCUGGCAGCCAGUCAGGUGCCGCCACCUGGCUUCGUACGCAUGCGCUUCACAGCAGACGGUGUGAUGGUAGCAUGGUCACCUGACUCCCAACAGCCCCUCAUGUUCCGCCCCCAGCGGCCCCUGCCCCUCCCCCCCUGCCCCUGUGAACCCCCUCCUCCUGUGAGCCCCGACUGCCCCUGUGGUUCUCCUUCCUUGGUGCAUCUUCCUUGGUGCAUCUUCCUUGUCACUCACAAUGCCUGCUGCAUUCUAUCAGUCCGCUGCCACUCACCCUCACCGCUCCCAUCCCGCCUGCCCAUCACAUCCCACUCUCAAUCUCCCUCCUCAUUCGCCCCCACUAAGCCACACGCGCCGGGGUGCCACACUCCCUUCCGCUAUCGCGACUCCAAGACCCACCUGCCGCUCUGCUCCCUGCAGUGCUACAAGACGAUUCACGCCGCCCUGCCCGCUGCUGCUGCUGCUGCUGCUGCUGCCCCAGCCACAGGGACUUAA